AUGACUGACUCUUCGAUCUGGAAUGAGGAGGUUGCCGUGCCCAAAGUGGUGAUCUCUUACGUCGAUCCCAACGUUAAAGAGAAGCUCCCAAAGGGUUCGACCGUCGACAGCAUCUCGUCACACGGAGCAUCCUACUGGACUCGAACAGCGCACAUCCGAACUACCGACCAGAAUGGAGAAGCUGUGUCCUACUUCCUUAAGGUCCAAGAGAGUAUACCUCUAAUGGAAGCUCAAAAGGUAUCGCAAGGUGACGCGGGGAGAGGCAUGAUGUACGGAGAAUUCCACUCAAUGUCGGCGCUCCAUGGCGCUCUGCCUGAGCUUGCGCCGAGACCAAUCGGGUGGGGAGAAUACGCGAACGAAGCUGAUACGUAUUUCUUCCUGUGUGAUUUCCAUGACAUGACGGAUGAAGUGCCUGAUGCCUCCGACUUUCCCGAGAUGGUCGCCAAACUACACAAGAACGGAGUGUCGCCAUCUGGAAAGUUUGGGUUCCCGGUUCCAACAUACCAGGGACGGCUGCCACAGGAUACCACUGAGUGUGAUACCUGGGAGGAAAGCUUUUCGCGAGGCAUCCGUCGUUUCUUCGAGCUCGAGGAAAGCUCACAGGGUCAAGAGCAUGAGAUGACGGAAUUGCGCGAAGCUAUCAUGAAUAAGGUGAUUCCGAAGUUGUUGCGUCCGCUUGAAACGGAAGGGAGAAGCAUUAUUCCCUGCCUGGUGCAUGGCGAUCUUUGGGAUGGGAACACUUCUGUCGAUUCUGCCACGGAUCGACCGGUGAUAUUUGACGCAUGCUCUUCAUAUGCCCACCAUGAGUGUAAGUACUGUGACUUCCUCUUCUCUUAUCUGCGUUGCGCUGAUCAAAACUGUACGUUGGCAGAUGAGCUAGCACCGUGGCGACCUACCCGUCACAAAAUCGGAAAACCCUACGUGACCGAGUACCUGAAGCACUACCCUAUGUCGGAACCAGCCAAGGACUUCGACGAUCGAAAUGCACUGUACUGCAUGUAUGUAUCCGAAGGUGUUGCCGUGCUUCCCCCAUCCUAG